AUGUCGGCGCCUUUCAACUCCGUUCUUCGUUUCGUUUUGACGAUUGGUAUCGGCUCUAUCAAUAUCGUCAAGUUCGCGGUGGACGCGGCGACGAACAGUCUAGAGCGCGCGGACAGCGCGGUGAUGCCUCCGGGGGUGGACUACGUUCGGUCCGCCGUCGCCGCCGCGGACGGGACGCACUCGUACUUCGCCACGGACACGUCGCCGGCGGUGAUCGCGAAGGUUCGACAUUCAGACCUCGCGUUGGUGGACGUGCUCGUGCUGGACGGCGGCGGGGAAGGCGCGUUCUUACACUGGUCCCCAUACGACCGCGUCGGCGUUGUGAACGUCGAUCCUUAA